AUGAGCGAUAUUGUUAUGUUUACAUGCAACUCAUGCAUGAUCCAGUUCCAAUCAAGUGGUUUGCAACGUCAUCAUAUGAAGACAGAAUGGCAUAGGUACAAUUUGAAAAGAAGAGUAGCCCAACUAGCUCCAAUCAGUGCCAGUUUAUUUGCUGAGAAGUUGCAAAUGUCAAAUCGUGAACAGGAACUAAAUCAAGUUGAUGAGUUUGGCUUCCCAGUAUUAAAACCUAUUAACCACUCCCGCGGAUUCCAGAGAAAGGGAAGAAAAUUAGGAAGGAGUAGAUUAGAGGGUCUUCAACACUCUGGCCAAGAUUUGAGAUCCUUGUCACCAGCAUCGUCUAUUACAUCACAUGCAUCUAGAGCCACUUUCAGAAGUACUGAUCUUGAAGAAGAGGCCUUUUCAGAUCAUGGCUUCACUACCGAGGAUUCUUAUUCACAUUAUUCAAACACCGAUCAUGAAUCAUCUGAUGAAUCAGAGAUUGGAAAUGACCACGAAAGGAUUAGUUCUACGGAGUGUAUCUACUGUGGGAAAAACUCGAAACAAGUUGAAGCAAAUGUUAGACAUAUGUUUAAUAAGCACGGACUAUACCUACCUGAACGCUCAUACUUGACCGAUUUGACCGGUUUACUUAAGUAUUUGACCGACAUCAUUAUCGUCAACAAGAACUGUCUUUGCUGCAAAUACCAAGGAUCAUCAGUUGAAAGUAUAAGGGCACAUAUGUCAUCUAAACACCAUUGCAUGCUACCGUAUGAAACAAAGGCAGAAAGAGCAGCUAUAUCGCAGUUUUAUGACUUUUCUUCACUAGAUGAAGCAGCAGUUUCUGAUAGUUCAGCCAAACAUGGCACGUCUUCAUCCGUAUCGCCAGUAACGUUUGCAAAUAGUGAAUCCAUUAUUCAGACGGCAGAAUUACAUUCUAGUGAAGACGGGGCUGAUGAAGCGGAGGCUGACAUCAAUUCCAAUUAUGCGCUGGUUCAUAUCGAUGAUUCUGGAGUGGAAUUACAAUUAGGAAACGGAAUCAAAGUAGGCCACAGGAGCAUGCAAAGAUAUUACAGGCAGAAUGUUCCUCUAGGUUCGACUUCUCCUGAUGACAGAAGAACGGUUGUAGCAGCUGAUAGAAGAGUAACUUCGACCGUACAAUCCAGACAAAUGAAGAAGGCCGAGAAAGAGAUUAAACAACUCGAGAAGCAGCACUCUAACAAGCAUGUACGUCUACAGAUCAGAAGAGCUAACCAUCAGACUCAUUUCAGAGAUGAAUUGUUACAAUAG